AGCAUGCGGGGGCUGCUGAUUUUGAGUGUGCUGCUGGGGACAGUCUUUGGCAAUAAGAACUUUGUGGGGCACCAGGUGCUCCGAAUCUUUGCAGCUGAUGAAGCCCAGGUGCAGAAGGUGAAGGAGCUGGAGGACCUGGAACACUUGCAGCUGGACUUCUGGCGGGACCCUGCCGGGGCUGGCAUCCCCAUUGACGUUCGAGUGCCCUUCCUCAGCAUCCAGUCUGUCAAAGUUUUCUUGGAAUCCCAUGGCAUCAGCUAUGAGAUCAUGAUUGAAGACGUGCAGUCACUGCUGGAGGAGGAACAGAAGCAGAUGUCUGCCUUCAAGACCCGGGCCCGGUCCACUGACACUUUCAGCUAUGCUACCUAUCACACCCUGGAUGAGAUCUAUGAAUUCACGGACUUGCUGGUGGCUGAGCACCCACAGCUCGUGAGCAAGAUCCAGAUCGGCAACACCUUUGAAGGACGCCCUAUUUACGUGCUGAAGUUUAGCACUGGAGGGAACAACCGGCCAGCCAUUUGGAUUGACACAGGCAUCCAUUCCCGGGAAUGGGUUACCCAGGCCAGUGGGAUCUGGUUUGCAAAGAAGAUCACUGAAGACUAUGGCCAGGACCCAGUCCUCACUGCCAUUCUUGACAGCAUGGACAUCUUGCUGGAGAUCGUCACCAACCCUGAUGGAUUUGCCUAUACCCACAGCACGAAUCGCAUGUGGCGCAAGACUCGCUCCCGCACACAGGGCUCCCUCUGCAUUGGGGUGGAUCCCAACAGGAACUGGGAUGCUGGCUUUGGGGAACCUGGAGCUAGCAGCAACCCCUGCUCGGAAACAUACCGUGGCAAGUUUGCCAAUUCUGAAGUGGAGGUCAAGUCCAUCGUAGAUUUUGUACAGAACCAUGGAAACAUCAAGGCCUUCAUCUCCAUUCACAGCUACUCCCAGCUCCUCCUCUACCCUUAUGGCUACACAUCAGUACCAGCCCCAAACCACAAAGAGCUGGAUGAGCUAGCUAAGUCUGCUGUGACGGCCUUGGCUUCUCUGUACGGGACCAAGUACACGUAUGGCAGCAUCAUUGAUACAAUUUAUCAAGCCAGUGGGAACACCGUUGAUUGGACCUACAACCAGGGCAUCAAGUAUUCAUUCACCUUUGAGCUGCGGGACACUGGGCGCUAUGGCUUUCUGCUACCUGCCUCACAGAUCAUCCCCACAGCUAAGGAGACAUGGCUGGCUCUUCUGACCAUUAUGGAGUACACUCUCAACCACCCCUACUGAAGCACCCCUUCAGCACCCUCCUCUUCCUCCUCUCCAGCCCCAUUCAGGCAACCAAAUAAAGCUUGAUUGUACAAGGAGCAGAAUCUUGGGGGCUUG